AUAUAUAUCCAUUGUCUCAGAUUAAAUCAAUACGGAUGUCACGUUCGCUUAUAUAAAACAAUUAAGAUUUCAUAUGAUUAGAACGUUAACAAUUGCACAAGUGACUACUAAAGUAAAAUAAACAAAAGUUUUAGGCUACAAAGUAAAUUUGGUGACACCAUCGUGAUAAACAUGUUUUUGUGAAUAGUUUUAAACUAUAUCGUUUGUUAAGAUUACGUCAAGAUGAAAAUGCUUAACGUUAUACUGUUAACUAUUGCAUCGGUGCAGAUGGGUUUGGUAGCCAAUGAUCACGUGACAGCCGAACCAUGUGACGUCAGAGCGGUCGCAGCACGUAAACAUUACGCAAUGUACGUUUGGACUACAGGUUUCGAUCAUAACGUUCCCGGCUGUGACAAAGCCAAGUUCUUAGAAUGGAAUACGAAAGGUCCAUGCUUCACCCAUGUUUGGAACACGAAAGCAAAACGUGACUGGUUGUGGGCCACAUGUAACCUGCACGGAAGGGAGGUGGAUACCAUAUUUGUAAGUGACGUACAUCAUAAUCUGAAAAAAGCAUACGACACUGGGGAUUGCACUUCAGCGGCGAUAGCUACCGUUAAGGACAUGCUAGUAGAGGGUCAUACAAAGGUGUCAAAUCUCAAGAUAUACGGACUGUAUGCUGUAAGUGACAUCGCUGUCUCGGAAAAGGAUUUAGUCAAAUAUAUUGUACAUUACAACGAUGUAUGCGCAACAUCAGAUAUUGAACGAUUUGACGGCAUUGCAACAAAUAACGAAGCUUACGCAACAAUAAAAUGUGGAAAUAUGAACGAGAGACUCAAGUACUUGAACAAUCUUCAAGCUAUUGUGACGGAAGCGAGGAAACAGAAGCAUGGGGUACUACUGACACAUUAUUCAGUCAGCUGGCACUGGGGAAUCUGUCAUGGCGUCGUCAGUAAUAUGACGUGGAAUGGUAAAACUUCUGACGUCACGCAUCACAUGAUUGAUAUAUUCGACAGCAUUGACGUUCAGGUAGGGUAUAUUAUUCUACCAGCAAUUUACGAUUCACCAUGCCAAAUAACUUUCUUCCCAGAUGAUUCUUGUCGUAUUAAGGGCCACAACGAAACAGCUAUGUUUUCAAUAUUUGACGGGUUUCCUGCCAAUGGUAUAAGCUAUGCCCGUCCAUGUAUACAUUAUUUCAGGGGCAUUUACUCUACAGGUGGAUAUCCAGGCUGGCCAGUACAUGAUGGCUCUGAUCAUUCACCAAUUGUUGGAAAAUAGACACUUGUGUAGUUAUUACAG